GGCACCGACUCGGGCACCCCCGGGCACCGACCCGCCGCCAUGUCAUUCCGGAAGGUUGUGCGGCAGAGCAAAUUCCGGCAUGUGUUUGGGCAGCCGGUGAAGACAGAGCAGUGCUACGAUGACAUCCGUGUGUCCCGUGUCACCUGGGACAGCACCUUCUGCGCCGUCAACCCUUCCUUCGUUGCCAUCAUUGUGGAGGCCAGCGGCGGUGGCGCCUUUCUUGUCCUCCCCUUGCACAAGACCGGCCGCAUCGACAAGUCGUACCCCACCGUGUGCGGCCACACGGGCCCCGUCCUCGACAUCGACUGGUGUCCCCACAAUGACCACGUCAUUGCCAGUGGCUCUGAGGACUGCACUGUCAUGGUGUGGCAGAUCCCGGAGAACGGGCUGAGCCAGCCACUGACAGAGCCGGUGGUGGUCCUGGAGGGCCACUCCAAGCGUGUCGGCAUCGUCACCUGGCACCCCACCGCCCGCAAUGUGUUGCUCAGCGCAGGCUGUGACAACGUGGUGCUGAUCUGGAACGUGGGCACGGCAGAGGAGCUGUACCGGCUGGAGGGGCUGCACCCCGACCUCAUCUACAGUGUCAGCUGGAGCCGCGAUGGCUCCCGCUUCUGCACCGCCUGCAAGGACAAGAGCGUCCGUGUCAUCGACCCCCGCCGCGGCACCGUGGUGGCUGAGAAGGAGCGGGCGCACGAGGGGGCACGUCCCAUGCGUGCCAUCUUCCUGGCCGACGGCAAGAUCUUCACCACUGGCUUCAGCCGCAUGAGCGAGCGGCAGCUGGCACUGUGGGACAUGGUGAGUGGCACCCCAGGGGUCCCGCGGGACUGCUGUGGGGGUCCGUUUGUGCCUCACACCCCCACCCCACUGCAGGAGAACCUGGAGGAGCCCAUGGGGCUGCAGGAGCUGGACUCCAGCAACGGGGCUCUGCUGCCCUUCUACGACCCCGACACCAACGUGGUCUAUGUGUGUGGCAAGGGGGAUUCGAGCAUCCGGUACUUUGAGAUCACGGAGGAGCCCCCCUACAUCCACUUCCUCAACACCUUUACCAGCAAGGAGCCCCAGCGGGGAAUGGGCUGGAUGCCCAAGCGUGGGCUGGAUGUCAGCAAGUGUGAGAUCGCCAGGUUCUACAAGCUGCAUGAGCGCAAGUGUGAGCCCAUCAUCAUGACGGUGCCAAGGAAGUCGGACCUGUUCCAGGACGACCUGUACCCAGACACAGCAGGCCCGGAGGCGGCCAUGGAGGCGGAGGAGUGGGUGGCAGGGCGCACGGCGGGGCCAGUGCUGGUGUCCCUGCGCCAGGCCUACGUGCCCCCCAAGCAGCGCGACCUCAAGGUGAGCCGGCGGGCGCUGCUGCACGAUGGCCGUGCCCCUCCUGCCACCGUUGCCACCGGGGCCACCACAGCACCCCCCACGCCCCCGGCGGCCCCUGCACCCACCCGGCUCAGCACACCCCUGGCCCUGGGAACGCUGGGAACUGGCACCGCCACGGGGGGCCGGCUGGAGGAGGUGCUGCAGGAGGUGGCAGCGCUGCGGGCGCUGGUGGCUGAGCAGGGCCAGCGCAUUGACCGCCUCGAGGAGCAGCUCAGCCGCCUUGAGAAUGGCCACGUCUAGGGACCCCCUCAGGGACCACCGCCCCAUGGACCACGCCUGCGCCCCAGGGACCCCCUCCCCUGCACCCUUCCACCCCUGGGGUGCCCCCCCUGCCCCGCUCUGGGUCCUUCUCCCCUUGGGGGGCUCCCCCCCCUCACUGCCUUACUGGGUGCUGCCCCCCUCCCCAAAUCAUGGACCAUUCCCAACCCCGUGUCCUCAGGCUCGGGGUUGCUCCUGGGAUCAAACAUUGCCACCUGCACCCCCCAAUCCCUGUGUGGGGUCUCCUGCCCCUCUUCCUGUGGGGUAGGGCAUGAUCUGCUCCAUCCCCAACUGUGAAAUAUUGUCCCCCCUAUAUUUUGGGGGCUUCAUCCCCCCCUUCUUCCUCCUUAUUGCAUCCACUUCUCCAUUCCAGUGCAGGGUCAAAAACUAUAUUUUCACUCCAAAUAAAGGAUUUAUAAGAAA